ACCGUUGUAUUUCUCCAUCUUCCGCUGACAGAAGGUCCUUUCCUCGUCUUCUCCGUUCCGUCUGAGCUGAGAAAGAUGCAGGCGAUUUCACGGCGUUUGGCGCAAGAGUCUCUCCGGCCGGCGGCCUCAGCCUCUUCUCUCAACUCACUCUACCCUCUAGCCCAUUACUAUAAUGGAGCUGAUCAUCCAGAAGACGGAUUUACCCUCACCCCCAAGGGCGUCGGCCACCUCGUUCGCAAGGGUACUGGCGGUCGAUCCUCUGUUAGUGGCAUUAUCGCUACAGUAUUUGGAGCUACUGGUUUCCUUGGACGUUAUGUUGUGCAACAACUUGCUAAAAUGGGAUCCCAGGUGCUGGUUCCUUUUCGAGGUUCUGAGGAUUCUCCUCGUCAUCUGAAGUUGAUGGGAGAUUUAGGACAGAUAGUGCCAAUGAAAUACAAUCCAAGGGAUGAGAAUUCUAUUAAGGCUGCAAUGGCAAAGGCAAAUGUUGUUAUCAAUCUUAUUGGAAGAGAGUAUGAGACAAGAAAUUAUAGCUUUGAGGAAGUGAACCAUCACAUGGCAGAACAGCUUGCAGUGAUUGCCAAAGAACAUGGUGGUAUCAUGAGAUUUAUUCAAGUUUCGUGCUUAGGGGCCUCUCCAUCAUCUCAAUCAAGAAUGCUAAGAGCCAAAGCUGCAGCAGAGGAGGCCAUACUGAGAACGUUACCUGAGGCCACUGUCAUGAAACCUGCUAUGUUGAUUGGUACUGAGGAUCGGAUUUUGAAUACAUGGGCUCACUUUGCAAAGACAUACAGCUUUCUUCCACUUAUUGGUGAUGGAUCUACCAAAAUCCAGCCUGUAUAUGUUGUUGAUGUUGCUGCUGCAAUUGUUGCGGCCCUGAAAGACAAUGGCACUAGCAUGGGAAAAGUUUAUGAGUUGGGUGGACCAGAGAUCUUUACCCUGCAUGAAUUGGCAGAGCUGAUGUAUGAAACAAUCCGUGAAUGGCCCCGCUAUGUGAAGGUUCCAAUUCCUAUUGCCAAGGCCAUAUCAACGCCAAGGGAGUUAUUUCUUAAGAAGGUUCCAUUUCCAUUACCAACUCCCAACAUCUUCAAUCUAGAUCAGAUACAUGCCCUCACAACUGACACAGUUGUGUCAGAAAAUGUUUUGACUUUCACAGAUUUGGGGAUUGUGCCGCAUAAGUUGAAAGGAUACCCUGUCGAGUACCUUAUCCAAUAUCGCAAGGGCGGUCCACAAUUUGGUUCUACAAUCAGUGAAAGAGUAUCUCCAGAUGCAUGGCCGUAAUGUUAUUUAGGUCUCUCAUUUCACAAUUUUUUGUCAGAAAAUGGCACGCAGCCAUUUGGAACUUUGAUAAUGAAAUUGGAAAGAAGUGAUGUGAACAAAAACUGCUUUGUGUUCAACAUAUAAAACGGUUCCACUGCAUAAUUUUCCUCACGUACUGAAGGACUACAAAUGGGGUUGCAAUGCCAGCCCAAAAUAUUAUUCCACCCUACAUGGUUGUAAAAGUUUCAUUAUAGUCUAGACUAUAUCAAAUUGUAAA